AUGGCUGCCUCCACCAUGUCCAUCUGCUCCAGCACUUACACUGAGCCCUGGCAGGUGGAUGACUGCCCAGAGAGCUGUUGUGAGCCCACCUGCUGCACCUCCAGCUGCUGCCAACCCAGCUGCUGUGCCUCAGCUCCCUGCCUGAGCCUUGUUUGUACCCCAGUGAGCUGUGAAUCCAGCCCAUGCUGCCAGCCGGCUUGCUGUUCUUCGUCCUGCCAACAAUCCUGCUGCUGUGUGCCCACCUGCUGCACACCCGUCUGCUGCAAGCCUGUCUGCUGCACAACUGUCUGCUGCACACCUGCCUGCUGCACACCUGUCUGCUGCAAGCCUGUCUGCUGUACACCUGUCUGCUGUACACCCAUCUGCUCUGGUGCCUCCUCCUCCUCCUCCUGCUGCCAGCCAGCUUGCUGCUCCUGCUCCCCCUGCCAGCCAUCCUGUUGUGUAUCUGUCUGCUGCAAGCCCAUCUGCUGCACACCCUCCUGCUCUUCCACAUCCCUGCUCUGCCGCCCUGUGUGCAGACCCUCCUGCUGCAUGCCUGUCUCCUCUUGUUGCACCUCCUCCUGCCAGCCCAGUUGCUGCAUCCCGACCUCUUCCAUGUCCCUGCUCUGUCACCCUACCUGCUCCCGCCCUGCCUGCUGUGGCCUCUCCUUGGGCCAGAAGUCCUGCUGCUGA